AUGUUUCUGGUUGAUAGCACUUCAAUCUUCUGGGGAUUUGAGUUGAUGAAGGAAGUCUUUAUUCGCCCAUCCAAAGAAUCGAUGAGGAAAUUUCCAAAGAAAGCAAUUUGUUAUGUGCCUGACGAUUAUGGAUACGAGAAAGGAUCGCUGAACAUCACGACUCCAAAUCAAAUGCUUCAAGCAAACUGCUUUAUCUCCAUCAACAGCGUUUAUGAGCAACUCUACGUUUUCCUGUUCUUCUGGCUCAGUUUCCUCUUCAUCAUCACGUUUCUGAUGGCCAUUCAUUACACGUUGUUUCUACUGUUACCACGAUGGAGGAUUUAUUGUGCUUCAAAAUAUUUGCCUACUCCAAAGUCGUUGGCGAUGGGUUCAGCUGUUGGACAAGCAAGCCCGGCACAUAUCUCAUUGCCGUCAAAUCAUCUUUCGGAAUAUUUCAUAAACUCGGUUUUAAUGGCCGAUGGUUGCAUGGCACUGUGGUUUAUAAAGGAGAUGGCUGGCAAUCAAGUAUCAGCUGAAAUGGCGCAAUGCAUUUGGAACUUUUCAGUGAGUCGGACAGUAGAAUCACAGCCCAUUCUUCCAACUCGAGGCACCCUCAACUAUCUCGGCAAUCACAGUAGCAAUGUGUUGUCCCCUUCAAAAUCACCUUCAAAUCUUUUGACCACACGCUCAACUUCACUCAUCCGCCCAAUGAAAGAAGUCGCAAUGCUUCUCUACGAUAGGGUUGCCAACACCGCCAAUUUUGCAAAGGGCCGCAUCGAAAGCCUCUACAACUAUGGUAUUGAUUCUGCCAAUACGGUUAUCGGUUCUGGUCGUGAUGUUGUGGCUAAAUGGGUGCGCAUCGUGGUGGGCACAGGUGUCAUUUUUGGAUUGUUGGCUCUGGCAGUAAUCACCUCGAUCAUCUCUUUCCUUUGCGACUACGUCUUUACUCACUGGGUUGAUUUGGACGAUGUGACGGGACUUAUCAAGAUACCACUUUUCUUCUACAAGUUGUCAACGACCAUUGUCGCUAGAGUCAUGAAGAUUGAAUGGAACAUGGGAGCCACGAUUGAACAAACAAGCUCGUACGUCCGCACGGCCGUUGGCGACGCAUUCACAUCAGUGAAGCAACUUGAUUUUAAAAAGAUGAACUUGGAAGAAGUCACGAUGAGCGGCAUUGAUACGUCUAAUCAACAUCUAAAUGAUCAACUCACUGUAUUGAAGGACAAAGGAAGAAGUAAUCGAUGGCACCGUGCAAUGGCUGUUUCUCGAAGAGGAAGGAGCCGAUCGCUCAGCCGUAGCCCGGUUCGACGCAAGCGUGCUAGCCGCAGUCUUUCUCGCCCUGUGAGUCGUUCGCCAUCAAUGAGUCGUGAGCGGACGUAUCGACGCUCUCGUAGCAGGUCGCCUCGCUAUAGCAGGACUUCUCGUCGUCAUCAGCAUAGAGAUCGCAAUCCAGAGCCAAAUAGAUGCCUUGGCGUUUUCAAUCUGCCAAGAACAAUUGGUGAGAGGGACCUUGGCAAGCUGUUUGGAAGAUAUGGAGAUGUUGAUCAGAUCCGUCUUGUUCGUAAUCACUACAGUCGUGAAUCAAGGGGCUAUGCUUUCGUCUACUUUGGUACGACGAAAGAUGCAACUCGUGCUCGAGACCGGAUGAUGGGAGCUAACGUUGGCGGCAGGGAAAUCCGUGUAGACUUUUCGAUUGCUGGAAUCGCUCUCGUCGCGAAAGCCGAUCUCGUUCAAGAGUUCGCUCAAGCCGUUCACUAUCACCACAUCGUUCACGACGCGAUGAGCGUUCUCAAAGUAGAUCACCGGCUUCCAAACAGCCUCGUCAUUCGGCUUCAAAGUCUCCUUCGCCUUGUGCAGGUACCCAUUUUCGGAGAUCACGGUCAUCAAAUACAAAAACUAGGAAACGGGGCUCGAUUC